AUGUCCGAUUCUGCCACUCAACCUCAAUCUUCAUCGAUAUUUACCAUCAUCACCUCUAUCCCUGCUUCUGUGGCGAGUGCGAUCAGUUCUUAUCUACCCGGCGGCUCAACAGCUAAAUCGGAACCACCAAUGCCAGAAAUCUACAACAAAUGGGGUCAAGAAUUAAUCGAAAGAAACACGGCUUAUCGAAGUGUUUUUAGCGCUUUCAAACCUAUCAAAGUUACUGUAGAAUCUGGAUCCACACCUUCACAAGAACUCAAAUCAAAUUACGACGAGGCCUGUGGGACCUUGCUCCAUGUGAUUAAAACUCAGAAUCCAUGCAAUUGGAUUGCACCAGGUGGUAGGGAAGAUACUUGGGGUAGAUGGGCGAGUGGCGAAACCAAUGCGCCAAACGAACAAGUUCGACAAGAGGCAUUUUCACAGUACGAUGAAAAAGGAGAGAUUCAAACAGAAUGGGAUGCAAUGACAAGUUGGGCUGAAGCUAGACACACUGAAUGGGACGAGUUGACUUCUGUGUUGUAG